UACCAUAAGCUAGCAAAGAUGAUAAGAAGCUUUCUUCUCUGUUCUCUUUUCUUCCAUUUCAUAUGGCUUCAAACGGGGUUACCGGCUUCUAAUAAAACCAACAGAGGUAGACCUCCCACAACCAUCACAAAGGGUGUCAACAUAACUAAACCAGGCUGCCAACGCAAAUGUGGAAAUUUAACUGUUCCAUAUCCAUUUGGCGUUGGCAUCGGCUCAGGCUGUUCCAUAGACCCUUGGUUUGAUAUCAACUGCAAUGCUACUUUCAACCCUCCCAAGCCCUUUACUGCAAAAGGAUCUCUUGAAGUUAUUGAGAUAUCAGACUCCCAAAUGCGGGUUAAAAACUUGGUUGCUGUGAACUGCUACAAUCAGCUUGGCAACUUGACCAUGCAAAAUCCAAGUCUGAGAAUCAGCUUACCUCCAACUUUCACGUUUUCUGAUGUAAAUAAGUUCACGAUUGUAGGAUGUGAUGAUCUCGCCUUAAUAUCAGGAAGGGACGGGAGUAAUUUCACCAGUGGUUGUUUUUCCCUUUGUUCUGCAAGAGAGGAUCUUCUUGAUGGUUAUUGCACAGGAAUAGGCUGUUGCCAGACCUCAAUACCAAAGGGUCUACAGAGUUUCGCUGCUUUAUUAGGCAGCGUUGGUUAUCACACCGAUGUGUGGUCCUUCAACCCUUGUGGCUACACCUUUCUUGCAGAGGAGGAGAGCUACACAUUUCAUCCAUCUGAUCUCCAAGAUGAUACGUUUAAAAACAGAACCAUAGAAAAUGUGCCAAUAGUCCUGGACUGGGUGAUUGGGAAUAUAAGUUGCACUGAAGCGCAGAAAGCCAAUGCUUUCACAUGUCGUGAGAACAGUAUAUGCACUGAUUCUGACACCCGUCUUGGAGGGUAUCGAUGCAGCUGCUUUGAGGGAUACGAAGGCAAUCCAUAUCUCGAGCCAGGCUGCAAAGACACAAAUGAAUGUGAGAGUAGUCCAUGUGAUCCACAAGGGUUUUGCACCAACACUCCUGGUAGUUUUAUCUGUUCCUGUCCACAUGGAUUCAUCGGUGAUGGCAAAAAAGAUGGGCGUGGCUGCAUUAAACAGACCUCACCUUUCCCAGCAAUGAAGUUCUCGUUAGGUUUAGGUUUUGGGUUCUUGGCUUUGAUAAUUGGCGUUACUUGGAUAUAUUUCAGCAUCCAGAAAAGAAAACUUAUUAGACUCAGACAGAAAUUCUUCCAGCAAAACGGCGGAUUGUUACUGACGCAACAACUUUCUUCUAAUGAUGGUAGUUUGGAAUCAGCUAAAAUUUUUUCUGCUGAAGAGCUUGAGAAGGCCACCGACAACUAUUCCGAAGAUCGCGUACUUGGUCAAGGGGGCUAUGGAACAGUUUACAAAGGGAUUCUGAGCGAUCAUCGUGUAGUUGCUAUAAAAAAGUCCAGAAUCAUGGAUCAGAGUCAAAUAGAGGUAUUCAUCAAUGAGGUGGUUAUUCUGACUCAGAUUAAUCACAGAAAUGUGGUUAAACUCUUGGGAUGUUGUUUGGAGACAGAAGUCCCUUUGCUAGUAUACGAAUACGUCUCAAAUGGCACACUAUUUCACCACAUCCACAAUAGUAGAACAACGCCAUGGUUCUCUUGGGAAAAUCGGCUUAGAAUCGCCACAGAGGCUGCUGGUGCACUUGCCUAUCUUCAUUCUGCAGCAGCUAUGCCGAUUAUUCAUAGAGAUGUCAAGUCUCCCAAUAUAUUGUUAGACGAGUAUUACACGGCCAAAAUAUCAGAUUUUGGAGCAUCAAGAUUGGUGCCUAUUGAUCGAACACAAGUGACCACUCUUGUACAGGGAACCUUGGGUUAUCUUGAUCCUGAGUAUUUCCAUACAAGCCAAUUGACAGAGAAAAGUGAUGUUUAUAGCUUUGGUGUAGUUCUGGCUGAGCUCCUGACAGGGAGAAAACCUCUUUCUACAGAGACAAGUGAAGAAGAAAGGAACCUGGCAACUUACUUUAUAGUAUCCAUUAAGGAAAAUCGCCUGUUCCAAAUUAUCGAGCCCAGACUUCUGAGAGAAGGCAGUUUGGAGCAAAUCACUGCAGUGGCUGAGCUUGUUAAGAGAUGUCUCAAGUUAAAUGGUGAGAAAAGGCCAACGAUGAAAGAUGUAGCAAUGGAAUUGGAAAGGUUGAGAAAGUAUAAUCUACGUUCAGACCAACAGGAAGAAAACUCUGAAGUGAACAUGGCAUUUACAGCUGAUCAGCAACUUGAUUUGUAUCCAGUUCCAGCAAAUCCUCAGUUCAGCACUGGGGAGUACUCUGGACAGUAUAGUUUGGACACCCAGUUUUUACUUGCAAUCAAUAGCCCUCGCUAAACAGAACCACAAGAGGUUCUUAUUGUAUUUUAGGCCUUAGAACUUGCUUUUCUUUCUAUAUCAUUCUUCACCUCUGGUUUUGUCGUCAAUAAACGUGAAUGGUAUAUUUUGCUCAAUUUUCCUGAACUAUAUGGUGA